GAUGAGCUGCUGUUUCCGAAGAAGAAGUUUCAGCCCGUUCAAAUUUCCAUCUACACACAAACAACUUAUAUACUAAUUCUGGUUGCUCAAAUACAUAAAGUCUUUCCAGACCAAAAUAAGAGUGUGUGCUAAGACAUGGGGGACUCCAACAUCAGCCACAUGGUAGCAGCUUAUACAGAGUCGCAGGAGGGACUCCCAGCAGGCAAGUUGGAUCAUUACAUGGACAGCUAUGAUAUGGACUAUGGCAUCCCUCCUGAUGAGAUCCCAGACACCACGCAGGGCCAAGCCUUCUUUGUUGCCACCAUUGUUAUCGGUGUGGUGCUCGUCUGCAUCAUGCUCGUCUGUGGGAUUGGAAACUUCAUAUUCAUUGCCACGCUGAUGCGCUACAAAAAGCUCCGCAACCUCACCAACCUGCUCAUUGCCAACCUGGCCAUCUCAGACUUCAUCGUGGCGGUGGUGUGCUGCCCGUUUCUGGUGGACUACUAUGUGGUGAAGCAGCUUUCCUGGGAUCACGGAUUACUGCUGUGCGCCUCUGUCAACUACCUCCGGACAGUGUCGCUCUACGUGUCCACAAACGCAUUGCUCGCCAUCGCCGUUGACAGGUACAUGGCUAUAGUCCAUCCUUUGAGGCCUCGCAUGAAGUACCAAACCGCCUACUUCCUGAUAACAGGAGUCUGGAUUGUUCCCAUCCUGAUAUCCAUCCCCUCUGCCUACUUUGCCUCUGAGAUCAUAUACCCUCACAGCGGCACCACCCCGACCACUCACAAAGUCUUCUGCGCCCAGAUCUGGCCUGUGGACCAGCAGGCCUACUACCGCUCCUACUUCCUGUUCGUUUUCGCUGUGGAGUUCGUCGGGCCCGUGAUCGUCAUGGCAAUGUGCUACGCCCAAAUCUCCCGCGAGCUCUGGUUCAAGAACGUCCCGGGUUUCCAGACGGAGCAGAUCAGGAAGAGGUUGCGUUGUCGCCGCAAAACGGUGAUGGUCCUGAUCGGGAUCUUGACGGCGUACAUCCUGUGCUGGGCGCCGUUAUACGGCUUCACCAUCCUGCGAGAUUUUCACCCGACGCUGAUCUCCCGCCAGAAGAACUCGUUGGUGGCCUUCUACAUCAUCGAGUGCAUCGCCAUGAGCAACAGCAUGAUCAAUACCUUCUGUUUUGUCAGUGUCAAGAACAACACCGUUAAAUACCUGAAGAAGAUUGUGCUGCUGCGCUGGAGGUCGACGUAUGCCGCCAGUAAGACGGUGGACGAGAUGGAUAUUAGGACCUCGUCCAUGCCUGUAACAGAGGAGAUUGAAUGCAUUCACUUGAGGUGAAAAGGAGAGAGUCUUAAAUAUAGCAUAGUCAUUUAAAUUUGGGCUGUUGAUAUCCAGAAACUACAUAGCAGACAGUGAUGAUUUUGACAUGGAACAUUUCUCUUGUGUUUAGAUCACAAUUUUGAAGCAUCAUGAAACUCAAGGAAAGGUCUAACCAUGAAAGUACAUUGAUUAAUGGGGCAACAUACAGUAUGUUAGUCAGCAGUACAUGCAGGACUUCUAUUUGAGGUAUUAUGGGAAUGUAAUUAUUGCACACUGUGACUGUACACUGUGUUCUUGUGAAAUGUCGUAGCAUGUGUAUAAGAUAUAUUAGACGUAAGACUUGUAAAUACAGCUAUUACUGCCCUAAGAGAUCCAUGAUGUUGACUACAGUACCUGGUUAAUCUUUGUAUUUCCUGUAUCUGUUUUGUUUUAUAUUGAUUUUUCGUAAGGUCAAAUAACUCUUGAUACUAAAGAAAUAUUUUCAUUGAUCAUUGCUUUUGUGUGUUUUCUAUUUUCCUUCUUUGAAGAUAUUCAAUAAUCCUCAGUAGAUGUAAUUUUGUGGAAUGUAGAGCAUUGAGAGGGCUCAUUUAAAGAAGUGGCAAAGCAAAAAAGACAUUUGAAUGUCUUGAAAAGAAAAUCAUUUUUUCGUGAUUAUCUAUCCUUGAAAAGAAUCAAUACAUUGCAUGCUUCCUUGGUAGAUGAAUGGACUUUAUGUGA